AUGACUAAACUCGUAGUAGCGUGUGUGUUUAUUGCCGUAGUCUUAUUCGGCUUGAUUCAAGCAUCAGAUCUCAUUCUGGGCAACAUCGUUAGUGGUGAUCGUAUUCUUUAUUCGCAAGUUUCAACAGCACCUGGCAUUCCCGGAGGACUUGCGUAUCGGGCGGUAAACUACACGGGCAUCUACAAUAUCACCGCGAUUCGUGCUUACGAUCGAUCAUUUAACCGUACUGGCCAGGCACAUUUGACCGGUGGUGGUCUCUACCAGAGGUACGCUAAUUUGGCUCUCCAGACACGAGUCGUCGGAAAUGCGCUCGAUUACUUGGUGGAAAUUUACGGACGAUAA